AUGCGUGUUUUGGCGGCGGCGGAAAAGGCUCAGCGGGAUCAAGUGAAGCUAAAUAAAAGGAGAUCUCAUAAUGUAGGGAGUCUUUUGACGGACCGUUACGGGCUACAAGCAAUCUAUCAAAAACGCAAGAAAACAUUCGAAAAGCCUCUUCCACAAAUGCCUUUGCAUCUGUCUUCUGAUGAGGUUCCUGAACUUGAUAUGACCAAGUAUCUUGAUGACUCAAUUGAGCCCGUAGAGCCUUCCUUAGAAUCUCGUCUUCGGCAACCGCUUGCUUCUGGUCGACCACUACGACCUGUCAGAAUGCCACUGAAAGCUAGGAGAGCCAUUCGAUGCAAACACUGCGAUCAUAACUUGGUAAAACUGGAAUAUGGUACAUCAACGAUACGAUAUAAAAUUCAGUAUUUUGCUCGCAACUUUGUACCGGAAAUUCGCCUCUCACGAGAACCAGAGCUAAAUGUCGGACAAACCGGGUCUGUUCUCCUUACUGUGGCCAACGAAAGUAAUUCGAAGGCUGACGUGAGUUUUCAGCGUUACUGGUCAAUAUGUCGAACUGAAUACUCUCCACGAGUUCAGCCCCCACUUAAAACCCUCUCGCUAGGGAGAACAGAACUAACAAGACAUUUAUUUUUUGCUUGCCUGCUUCUUCCUUGGGCAAUCCUUUCGUUUUUCUUCACUUCAUUUCCCCAAAGAUUGAUGAAUUGA